AUGAAAAAAAUCGAAGAAGGUUAUCGUCUGCCAAAGCCUGAACAUAUCGACGACAGUUUGUAAAGUGUUGCUUCCUUUGUGUGGAAUGUUAUAUAAGUCAAAAAGCAACAUCGAUUGCUGCUGUGGUCAGGUGUUUUGAUACACUCGCUCUGAAUAAGUAGCCUUCCUAAGAAAUUAUUUUUAUCUUGUCACUACAAAAAAUUAAAAUGAAAAGUUGUUGAGUCGAAUAAAGAAUAUGCUGGGUUUUUCAUCACAGAAUUCGUUUGAGCUGCAAUGUAAUGAGAUAAACUUGGCAUUUCAGUUUAUUUUUGUAACUAGUUGUGGUUUCUCAACUUCGCUACUUGCAAUAUUAAUGCCUACCGCAGAAUUACUGAGGUCAUAUGUCCCUGUGUUUUUCUAUAGAUACGCGGUGAUGUUAAACUGCUGGAAAUACGAAAGCACCAGCCGACCACACUUUGUGAAGCUCUACCAAACAAUGGAUACAUAUAUUAAAACAAAGGUUUGCCAUACAGCGUCUAAUUCAGGAUAUACUUCAGAAAUUGAAAUUGGUAUCCUACCAAGUCAAUUGCAAAUUUCUUUUCAUUUCAAUGUGAUGUCAAAACGCAUUAACUACCCAGCCGCUAACAAUUUGUGAAUUCAGUUUCAUCAUGAACUAAUGUUACUUUUAAACAUAUGCAAGAGUGGUUACGUUAUGUUAGUCUGGAUCAUCCUUAUUUCCCUCUGUUGUCUACACACAAGAAAGAACGGAACAGAUCUUAAAAUAACACUUUUGGAAAACUUUGACAGAAAGGAAGACCUUACCUGACUUUUAUUCUUAUCAAUUCAUGCAAGUACUAAUGGUUCUCGUCUUUGUGAUUGAUAUCUGAUCUGCUCUUUUUUUUCUUUUUAGUGACUCAUUUUUGGAAUUUCUUUGUUGAAUUUUUGAAAUUCAUUCGUUCAAGAUUUUUUAGCUCAUGCAGUUCCUGAUUACCUUCUAAUCUUUUUCAUAGACGUAUGUAGAUAUCUUUGACGAUGACAAGUAUGAUCAGGAUAAGUACAACUUUGUCGAUGACCGUGGAGCUGUUGCAAACCCAGAAGAUGCGGGACCGGACGAGCUAGGAGCAGCUGCAGCAAAUCCCAUCGGUGAAGUGGGUGAACACGGUGCUACGGCACAUCCCUUUGCAGUUGCAGUGGACGAUGAUGCUACAGCUUUCCUUCCUGGAAUUAACGUAGGAGACGAAGGAGCACCUGCAACAGAUCCCGACCGUGAAGUGGGUGAACACGGUGCUACGGCACAUCCCUUUGUGAUUGCAAUAAACGAUGGUGCUCAAGCUUUCCCUUUCGCUAUUAACGUACCAGAGAAAGGGGCAGCUACAGCAAAUCUCGCCCAUGAAGUGGGUAAGCACGGUGCUGCUGCACAUCCCUUAUUAGUUGCAAUUGACGAUGGUGCUACAGCUUUCCCCUUCGCUAUUAACUUACAAGACAAAGGGGCAGCUGCAGGAAAUCUCGCCCGUGAAGUGGGUAAGCACGGUGCUACGGCAUAUCCCUCUAUGGUUGGAAUUGACGAUGGUGCUACAGCUUUCCCUCUCAGAAUCAAAGUAGAAGAAGGUUGCGCAGCAUACCCUUUUGAGAGUGAUAAGAAAGAUAUGGAUGCCCAAGCGUACCCUUUGGAGAGUGAUACUUUACCAUACCUUAGCGAGAACGAGGAAGAAGAUGUUGAUGACUCUGAGUGCCCUCUUGCGAUUGAGGAAGAAGAAAUUGAUGACCUGAGUGCCCUCUUGCGAUUGAGGAAGAACAAAUUGAUCCUUUACCAUCCUCCCUGGUGA